UCUACCUCUUCAUUCCACAACAUAAAACGUGCUCCCCAAGUUCAUCUUUCCUCUUGUCUUGAAUCAUAUCCAAUCAGCUCUCUUCACACAGCAUAAAACCCAAUUCCAUUCUAACAAUUCACAUCACAUUCCAACAUAAUCUCCUGCAAACUCCUUACCAGAAAAAUCUCAACUUCCCCUGUUUCAUUUGCAACACUUCAAUAUUUAGUUAGUAUUGAACCCAAAAGUCUUUAUUUGGCAGUUUUGAGUUGGACAUUGAAAUCCUGGCCUGGAAAUAUGGAUCAUCCUAGUCCACAAUCUGCAGAAGGCGAUAGGAGCAUUCGGCUGCAGAUAGAGUACAAGUUGAGUGAUAAUUGGGGUUCAGGUUCCACCACCAUAUUUGAACCUCAAAGACAAGUUGACCCAAUUGAGACCAGAGACAGCAGCAAUGCAGACACUGAUUCUUCAUCAAGACCAACUAUCCAAGCCCCAGAGAAGAAACUGACUCUAUUUGCUCUUCAACUUGCAGUUCUUGAGAAAAUAGCAACUGGGCUAGGAGCCUUGGGUUUCAUCUGGGCUACCGUCGUUCUUCUUGGUGGUUAUGCAAUUAAACUAGGCACAACUGACUUCUGGUUCAUCACCAUCAUACUCUUAAUUGAAGGCGCCAGACUCUUCAGUCGCAGUCAUGAACUUGAAUGGCAGCACCAGUCUACAUGGUCGAUUAAAGAUGGCGGCGUGUAUAGUUUCUGGUCACUGGAAUCAACCUCCAGUUUCAUUGUUCGAGCCGUGAAAGGGACUCACGGGCCAGUUUCUGAAAGCCAAGGCCGAGAACUCAGAGAGAACACCGAAAGACCCAGCAAAAGGACAACACGUAUAUGGACAUCAUCAGAGGUCCCUUUGCUUCCAUAUGCAGAUUGGUUCUUUCUAUCUCGCAACAUAAGCAAGAUAUUCUAUUGGUUGCAGUUGAUAUCAGCCUUAAGUUGCAUAACUCUUUCAUUACUGAGAAUAGUUCAGUUGGACCAUGGUGACACAAUUGUAACAGACCCAGAUAUGAAGAAUCAGAGAUCAGCUCUGAAUGUCUUCUAUUGGUUGGCUUUGACUGAAGCUUUCUUGUUUCUGUUGGAGAAAGCCUACUGGGAAUGGACUGUAAUGAAUCGUAGGCUGUUGGAAGAGGUGAACCAAGAAUGCGAGUUAGGAAGCACUGGCAUGAUUUCCAUCAAAAGGUUUUUCUAUGAUGCAUUUUCAGAAUGCGUCAAUGGAAGCAUCUUUGAUGGCUUAAAGCUGGACCUGGUUUCUUUUGCUACAGGGCUCUUGGCCUCUAAUUCCAGCGAUGAGCAACUCAUUGGGGCUAGAAUUCUUCAGAAAUUCUCAACCAAUCCUCGAUUUUCUAACGACACACUUCAGAAGAUUGGGACUUCCAUAUUUGUUAUUGAGAGAUUGGUGGAGAUGCUGAACUGGAAGAACCCACAAGAAGAAGAGAUCAGGAAAGCAGCUGCAGAGAUUGUAUCCAAACUAGCUGGGAAAAAGCAGAACUCCCUUCGAGUUGCAGGGAUUCCUGGUGCAAUGGAAUCAAUAUCAUCUUUGCUUUACACCCAACGAAGCACUGAUGGUGCAGCUGAUGAAAUCUGGGAGAAGAUGACCAUCUGUGACGGAGCAAAUUACGAGUUUUCGGUGUUUAACCAUUUGGGUCUCACCAUUCUCAAGAAACUUGCACGAGACCAUGAUAACUGUGAGAAGAUUGGUAACACUAGAGGUCUCCUGCCAAAAAUUGUUGAUCUCACACAUGCUGGAGAGAGGGUACUCAGGAACAGUCAAAAUACAGAUACUCGAAUAUUAACAAUGAAACGAUCCCUGCAAUUGCUGAAGUUGCUCGCAAGAACUUCAGGUACAUCUGGGAAUCUUCUCAGGAAAGAGAUUUCAGAGAUUGUUUUCACGGUAAGCAAUAUUAGAGAAAUUCUCAAGUAUGGUGAGAAAUACCCAAUGCUUCAAAUUCUGGGAAUCGAGAUUUUAACCAGUUUGGCAUUCGAAAAUGAAGCAACAGAGAAGAUUGGAGACACAGGAGGAAUCAUAAAAGAACUGUUCCGGAUUUUCUUCGAAGAGGGAUUACCUGAAGACCAAAAUCAAGUGAGAGUUGCAGCAGGGGAAGGAAUUGCAAUGUUGGCAUUGGAGAACAAUAAGAACUGCUCUCGGAUAUUGAAUCUGGAAGUAGUACCGAAGCUUGUCGGGACACUUGAAGAUCCAGUCCUUCGCAUCCAUUCGGCGAGAAUUUUAAGAAAUUUAUGCUCCUACACUGACCACGAUUGCUUUCAACAAUUGAAGAGAGUCUCAGCUGCAGCACCUUCCGUUCUGAAGACGAUAAUGUCCGAAGAGAACAAACUACAAGAAGUAACACUUGGGCUUGCAACAAAGGUUUUCAAGUUCAUGACUCCUCGAGAAGCAAGUAUCACAUUCAAUCGAACUGGAAUCGAUGAGACCAGAUUAGCAACGAAACUCCUGCAAAUUUUAAAAUUCUAUCAAUACCCAUCAGCCAAAGUUCCUAGAAUAAGGAGGUUUGCGAUCGAGCUAGCAAUUUGGAUGAUGAAAAACAACAAAGCAACGGUUCGUACUUUCAGAGCUCUUGGAAUGGAGGAGGAGCUUGAGAAUGUGAGAGAGACCACAUCAGAAAUGGAAAGCUUCAACAUUUUCUCGGGAACAGUUGGACUAUGCAGGCACGGUGAAACGAUCCACUCCCUCGUUGAUGAUGCAUUUGUGUUGCUAGCAGAUGAGUGAUAUUACUGUCCCUGCAAAUCUAAUAAUAUUUCCCCACAUGUCAUAUUGUAUAUAAGAGAACCAUUUCUGCUUUCGUGACCACUGCGCUAGUGUGCAAGUCAAUGGGAACCGCGAAGAGGUAUCGGGACGGUUGCAGCAUGAUCUUUUCAUGUCCACUUGUGUUUUUAGGCAUAAAGUCACGUAAACGGGUAGGGUUCUUUUCUCUUCGUCUUAUUUAGGAAUAAAAUUCUUCAUUCUUUGAUUUGAUUAACUAUGAAGUAUUUGAUUGUGACAUGUGAUGAAUGUUUAAGCAAAUAAAGCGAAAUAAUUCAGCUA